AUGGACGUGCUGCGGGCGUGCGUCCUGGUCGACGACGCGGUCCACCGGCGCAACUAUGGACAGUCGCUGGAAGCAAGCGCGCUCCGGCGAUACGUCAUUUACCAGUCGGGCGUGGUCCAGUGGAUGCUGCGGCUGGUGGUGGUGGUCAACCUCAGCUUGGUGCUCUUUGAGAAGCCGGCGGUCGUCGCCCCGUUUCCAGCCUGGCUCCUUCUCGCCAUCGAGGCAGCGACUCUGGCGGUCUUUGCCGGCCAGCUGGCAUGGAUCGGCUCGUUUGUGCGGCUUGAUCGGCGGCUGAGCUCGGACCCCAAGCACGUCGGCCUUGCGCUGGUCAUCCUCGUCACGGCCUUGGACAUGGCCGGGUGGCUCAUCUACGGGUGGCGGUUCACCCGCAUUCUCCGGGUCUACUUUAUCUCGUACAACUCCAAGUUCAUCCGGUCGGCCAUCCGCGACAUCCGGCGGACCAUUCCGGCUGUUCUCGAUGUCAUUGUCCUGCUCUUCUUCUUCAUCGCGGUCUACUCGGUCUUUUGCACCGUCCUCUUUCUCCCGCUGCAGGACGACGUCGGCUACUUUGCCUCGUUCUGGACGGGCUUUACCUCGAUGUACGUCCUCCGCACGACGGCCAACUUUCCGGACGUCAUGAUGCCGUUCUACUCCCAGAAUCGUCUUGCCGCUCUCGUUUUUAUCGUAUUUCUCUGCAUCGCCACCUACCUGCUCACCUCGCUCGUCCUUGCCGUCAUCUACAACAAGUACCGCAAUCACAUGAAAGACGAGGAGGCGCUGGCUUUGGCGCUCCAGCGCGACGCGCUCUCGCAAGCCUUUGCCCUCCUCGACGCUGAUUGUCGCGGCUCGCUCGACAUUGAUCAGUGGUGCGUCAUGAUGGCGCUCCUCCGCCCACGCUUCUCGCUCGCCAAGGUCCAUCUCCUCUUUCGGGUCCUCACCUCGGGCGGAAGCGCCAUGCACCGGCACCAGUUCUUCAACAUCGUGCACCUGCUCAACAUGCACAUUGAGACUGAGACGCCGAGCCAUCACUACACCUGGGAUCCGGCUAUGUUUGCCGCUACGGCCUCGCCCACGGCCUCGCUCCUCUCGUCGCUCCUCGGCCCGGCGCUCUCGCACGCCUCGCGGGUUCGCGCCGCAAGCUCGCGCCAAGGCCGAGCUGCCUCGCUCGCCUCGCUCCGGUCGACCGCGUCAACAACUACAAGCUCGCGGACCACGGUCCAAGGCUCGUCGUCGGUUACUAUGCGGCGCUUGCGCGCCCUGGUCCAGUCGCGGCUCUUUGCCUACACUGUCGACGCACUCAUUGUGCUCAACGUGGUCCUCGUCGCCGUCGAAGUCUCCUCGCAGCGGCGGCACAUUCCCCAGGAGGAGCGGACGUCGGAAAUGGUCUUCUCUGGCCUCUUCUUCCUCGAAGCCGUGUGCAAGAUCUCGGCGUUUGGCGCGGACUUUUACUUUGCUGACGGCUGGAACCGGUUCGACUUUCUCCUUGUCAGCCUCACUCUCUCGGACAUUGUCGUCUCGCUCGCCUUUUCUUCGUUCUUCAACAAUGUCUUCCGCUACCUCCUUCUCCUUCGAGUCAUCCGCCUGUGGACCACCAUGGGCGAGAUCAAGCGGUACCGGGUACUCAUGUCGACGCUCUGGCAGCUGCUCCCGGCACUCGCCACAUACGCCGUUGUCCAGUUUAUGGUGUUCUUUGUGUACGCCAUCCUUGGCAUGGCCCUCUUUGGCGGCCUCAUCCACGACGGCAACCCGGACCUUGCCGGUACCGUCUUUGCCGACUCGGGCUACUUUCUCAACUCGUUCAACGAUGUUGGAUAUGCGUACGUCACCCUCUUUGAGCUCAUGGUGGUCAACAACUGGCACGUCAUUGCCGAGGGCUACGUUGCCGCCUCAGGCACCGAAGCAGCCUGGCUCUACUUUAUCUCGUUCAACGUCAUCGGUGCCCUCAUCAUCAUCAACAUCGUCAUCGCCUUCAUCCUCGAGGCCUUUAUCAUCCAGUGGGAGCUCAACGAGAGCAGGUCCAAGACGCCGCUCGAAAACGAGCUCGAGAGCUUUGUCCUCAACCACCACCAGUACAUGGCCCAGUUUUCGCAGGUCUCACCCGAGUCGUCCACUGGCACCCCGGACGUCGUCUGGUCCGUCAAGGCCAACCACAACAUCGCGUACUUUCUACAGCACAUGUUCUCUGCCGAGCUGGCUGCCGAAGAAGCCGCAAGCGAAAUGUUUGUUCUGCCCAACGACGUCGGCGCCUCGCUCCGCCUCCACCACUGA